CAUCGGCGGGGUCCUGUCCAGUCGCGGCUGCUGGGCGGCUAGUUCAAGUUGCCAUAGCUGCGAGUCUGGGGAGAGCAGAAUCAGUUGCGCCGCAGCGUCUGGUCAGUUGCACCUUCUGGGUCACUGGUAGCCGUGGGAGCCGAGUGGGGUCUCGGCGAUGAUCCGGCAUUAAGGACUUGGAGUCCUGUUUUGUCUCAGGAAUUGUGUACGUCAAUGGCAGAAUCUUCCAGUGAUUCAGACUGCUUCCGCCAUCAAGACCAGUUGAGUCGAUGGGCCACAAGGUCAACUCACAGGGGAACUCAAAAUCACCCUACAGUAGAUGUCACCAAGAAGGUCAACACUAUAACAAGUACUUUACAGGACACUAGUCGGAACCUGCGACAAGUGGACCAGAUGCUUGGACACUAUCGAGAAUAUAGUAAUGAACAGGCGGGUGCUAUAGAACAAUUAAAAGAAAGCUUGGAACAAUCAAUAGGCCAACUCCGAAAUCGACGUUUACUGAGAAACUCAGGAGGGAGGAGUAUUUCUGUUACAAGUCUGAGUCCAAGUGACCUCGAUGGUGGUGCUGCAGCAGAGAGCCACCGUUUUCCACCUACCUCACCUCUCAAGGACUACGGGGAUCCACAAGGUAGUAAACCAAUGAAGUCCAGACCAGCUGGUGUCCGGUUUGUUCGGGAGAAUGAUGAUUUGGGCCAGCUUCAUAUUUUGCAUCAGUCCCUUCGAGACCUCAGCAGUGAACAAGUUCGCCUUGGAGAUGACCUCAACAGGGAAUUUUCAAGAAGAAGCCGGUCGGAUGCUGAAACAAAAAGGGCUUUGGAAGAAUUGACUGAAAAACUUAAUGUCCAGAGACAAGAAGUGAUUUCAGAUCGGGUAGAGCGGCGGCUUCAGGAAAUAGAAAGAGAGAUGCGCACAGAAAGAGAGUUGGUGGAAAAACGUCAGGAUCAACUGGGGCUUAUGUCCUUGCAGCUACAGGAGGCACUGAAGAAACAAGAAGCUAAAGCAGAUGAGAAUGAAGAUGUAAUGAAAAAUAAGCUAAGACAAACGGAAGCUGAGAAGAGUCAACUUGAACAGGAGCUGGAGCUAUCCCGAAGGUUAUUGAAUCAAUCAGAAGGCAGCAGAGAAACACUUAUGUAUCAGAUAGAAGAACUGCGGACACAGCUAAUGAAAGCAGAAGGCGAUCGAAAGGGUUUACAACAUCAAGUAUCUCAGAUUUCCAAGCAACAGUCAAACCAUCAGGAUGAACAAGCAGAUGACUGGAGGUUUAGGAGAGGGAUUGAGCGGGAAAAACAGGGUCUGGAGAAGCAGAUGUCAGAUGUGAGAGCGGAGCUGAACUUCAACGCAAUGGCAUCUGAGUUAGAGGAAGUGAAGCGGUGCAUGGAGCGAAAAGACAAGGAGAAAGCACAUUUAGCAGUGGAAGUAGAGAACUUAACACGGGAAUUGGAGAACAGGGAAAAGCAGCAACUGCAGAUGUUGGAUCGACUUAAGGAGAUCCAGAAUCACUUCGAGACAUGUGAGACCGAGCGUAAGCGUGCUGACCUCCAGAUCUCCGAGCUGACUCACCACGCGGAGGAUGCGACCAAGCAGGCGGAGCGGUACCUCAGUGAGUUCCAGCAGUCAGAGGCCCUGAGAGAGGAGGCAGAGAAGAGGAGAGAAGAGCUGAAAUUGAAAGCUCAGGAAUCCAUUAAGCAGUGGAAGCUUAAGUAUAAGAAAUUAGAGCGGGAGUUGGCGAAACAGUCUGAAACUCUUGAUGAACUGACAGACAAGAAUAAUCAGAUUCUGAAAGAAAGGGAUGAAUCGAAAAGCCAGCUUUUUGCGGCAUUACAGCAAAUAGACAGUCUUCGAAAGGAAUUGAACGAUGUCUUAAGCAAGCGUGCCCUUCAGGAAGAGGAGCUUGACUGUAAGGAGAAGAAGCUAAAUGAUGUUAAGUCUCAUCAAGCAGACCUUGAACAAGAAGUCAGGGAUUCCCUGGAUACCAUACAUAGGCUAGAAAGUGAAUUGAAAAAGCAGAGUAAGCUUCAGAGCCAGCUGAAAGCUGAGAAAACUCACCUGGAGGAAGAAAAUGCAGCUCUAAAGAAGAGCCAGGCUGAGGAUAAAGCUAAACUUCUAGAGAUGCAAGAGUCUGUCAAGGACUUGAGUGCCAUCCGGGCAGAUCUUGCUAACAAAUUGGCCGAGGAAGAGAGAGCCAAGAAAGAGGUGCUGAAGGACCUUUCUGACCUCAAGACCCAUGAGAAAUCCAGGGAGGACGAAACAGCUACAAUCAUCAAGCAGUUAAAGCUAGAGCGAGACGUUCACCAGAGGGAGCUGAAAGAUCUUACAUCGUCAUUGCAGAGCGUGAAAAUGAAACACGAACAAAAUAUCCAGGAGCUGAUGAAGCACUUUAAGAAAGAAAAGAGUGAGGCUGAGAAUCAUAUUAGGACCCUGAAGGCAGAAAGCUUAGAAGAUAAGAAUACAGCUAAAGUCCAUCUCUGGCAGCUGGAGAAGUUGAAAUCACAGUGUGACAGGCUGACACAAGAAUUAGCCCAGAAUGAGGAGGAGAACAAAAAACUGAAGCUAAAGUAUCAGUGUUUGAAGGAACAACUAGAAGAAAAGGAAAAACAUAUAAGCAAUGAAGAAGAGAACUUAAGAAGGAUGGAAGAAGCCAGAUUGCAGCUCAAGGAUCAACUUCUUUGUCUGGAGACUGAACAGGAAUCCAUUUUUGGCAUGAUAGGAAAGGAAAUUGAUACAGCUUGUAAAACCUUCUGGAGGGACUCAGUGGAGAAAUUGAAAGUUUUUUCAUCUGUUCCUGAUAUACAUUUUGACCCACAUCGCUGGUUAGCAGAAAGCAAGACCAAACUUCAGUGGCUCUGUGAGGAACUGAAAGAGAGAGAAAGCAGAGAGAAAAGUCUGCGGCACCAGCUGAUGCUGUGCAGACAACAGCUCAAGGAUAUGACUGAAAAUAAGGAGUGCGAGCUCCAAUAUCUUUUUGAACAGAUAGAAAGGCAGGAGCAACUUCUAGAAGAAAUACAUCGGGAGAAGAGAGGUGAUGUCACAUCCCUCAGUUCAGAUCAUUUAUGCUGUUAUUGUGUCUGUUUUGUUCAUAUUGGACCUCACGUGCAUAGAGGUGAGUUAAGCAUACUCCUUCAUUUGAGGGUCACCAUCAGCAUUGGUCUAAGCAAUGUCCCUCUCUUUUUUUUUUUUUUUAAUUAUUGUUUACUUUUCCCUUCAUUCCUGCUCCCCAUGCCAUUCCCUCCCCUCCUUUCCCUCACUAUAUAGUUUAUUUGUGUGGACAUGUUUUUAAUUUAUGUAAGUGGUUUUUGCUGUAGAUCUCAUUUGUUUCUUACAUCUUAAACUCAGUAUUUUGAAGAUCUAUUCAUGUUCCUGUAAGCACCUCCAGCUUGUAGUUCUAAUUCCUAUAUAGUAUUCCACAGCCCGCACUUAUCACAUUUACUCAUGCAUUUCUUUAGUGAUGGACACUUGGUUUGCCCUUAAUUUCCUGGACGUACAAUCAAUGCUGGAUGAGCAUCUUUGUACAUGUCGUCUUGCUUGUCUGGGCUUGCUUCUGUGCGGGUAUAUAUCCAAGAGGGGGGUUGCCGAGUCAUAGAAUAAACAUGUCUUAAUUGCACUGAGGACUGCCAGACCAGUGGUGCAGGAAGGCUCCUGUUUCCCUAUGCUCACAAUGACAUUUGGGAUUGUCAGAUUUCUGUGUUUUACCAAUCCGAUAAGGGUAAAUUGGUAUCUUGUUGUUUUUGUUUUUUGCUGCUUGCUCUUGUUGUUCUUGUUAGCUGCUAUCUAGUCAGCCCUAGACUCAUGGUGACCCCAUGUACAGCAGAAUGAAAUGCUGCCCACUCUUGUGUCAUCUCAGUGAUUGGUUGGGGAUUGGACCGUUGCAAGCCAUAGGGAUUUCACUGGCUGAUUUUUUGGAAAUAGAUCACUAGGCCUUUCUUCCUAGUCAGUCCAAGUCUGGAAGCUCCACUGAAAGUGGCUCAACAUCAUUGUAACACACAGUUCAUCACUGGCAGAGAGGUGGUGGCUGUUCAUGAGGUAUAUUGGCUAGAAUUGAACCUGGGAUUUCACAUGGAAGGUGAGAAUUCUACCACUGAACCAACAAUGGCCCUAACUGUGUCCCAUAGUACUAUCAGAAAGACACUCCCUUCACCAAAGAUGACCAUGCUCUACAGCCCAUGGAUGGUGAUGGAAGAUGCUGCUGUUUAUUUGGAUAGGAAUGGGAGGAUUUGGAGGUGAGAUUAGCGUACUUGCUGUUUCAUCCUCUGCAGUCCUAUUAGCGUGGUUUCCUCGGAAAUGGUCAGAGUCUCAGGUAAUGUGGAUUAGAUUGUGCCACAGAGGCUACGUACUGAAUGUGUACUGUUCGCUCCAACAGGUAAAAGUAAUCCCAUUUUGGUUUUUGAUUAUCAGAGCUGUCAGAUUUCUAGUUCACAAAAAGACUGCUAGCAUUAUCUCUCUUCCUCUCAUUCUUUUCUAACAUUCCACAUCUAAAAUUCAGAACAUGGCAAUUAUAACCAUUUUCUAAGAGUAAUUUAGGCAUUGCUUAUAGGAUAUUCAUGUUUACUGCCAUACUGGGGAUCCAGACUGGGAAUGAAAUGGCAUUUUGAUUUUAGCUUUAUUUCUCAUUUUUGCAAAAUAGAAAAUGAAGAGUUACAAAAGGCUUAUCUUAAUUGUCAUCAGUGCUUUAAUAUGCUUAGUUUUUUUUCCAUGAUGGGAUUUGAUUAAGAUUUAGGUUUAUCACUACUAAUCGUGGAUGCCACCUUUAUAAUAAAUCUGUCAUACCCUCCACAGAAAACAGAUACAUGUUAGGAAACCUAGGCUGCAUUCAGAUGACUCUUAAUUUUUGAAAAGUGCAUGUUGAUAAAGUAUUGAUUAAUUAGUAUCUAUGCAUUGGCAGUUUUUAAUAGAUUUUAAAGUUCAUUAGUCAGAGGUAGACAUUUGGCUCUGCUAUAUACUAAAAGUGUAAAUUAACCUAUUGAGCAUCUGUUUCCUCACCUCUAAAAUGAACAUGGUACCCACCUCACAGGGUUAUGUGAUCAGUAAUUAUUUAAAUAAUUGAAUAUGCAUUUCAAAAUGUUUUGUAUGUAAUAGGCAUCUUCCCUAUGUAAGAACAUGCAAUGGACUUUUUCAUAUUGUUUUCUUAAGGUCUCUUCCUGAUGACAUUUGAAUAUUUAGACCACUGUUUCUUAAUAUGGACAUAUUUAAUUCCUAAUAAGGAAUAUCACAGAACGAUCAACACCAAAAAUUUAUUUAAGAGAUAAAUGUUCCACAGCAAAAAAUGAAUGAAAUAAUUUAAAAAACAGAAAAAAAUAAGCUUUUCAGGAAACACUUUCACUAGUUUAAUAGAAGUUGCACAGUAAAUUUAUGGUGAUAGCAAGUCCCAGUUCCAAAGAUGGGGAUUCAUUAACAUUAACUAAGGCUCAUUAUAAAAAAAACCAGGCUCAUUGAAUGUUUUAUAGUUUUACAGCCAGAUUAGAAUAAAAGAGACAAAGAAAAAUUCCUAGAAGAUUUUUUGAUCCCAGAAUUCUUGUGGGACACAAAUUCAUGUUCAACACCGUAAUGACAUUUUCCAAAAUGUAGUAUGUCCGAUUUUCUGCUUUUGCUUAUCAACACUUUGUUCAAUGAAUCUUUCUGUAAUCUUCCCUAAGUUUUAAUAAAACAAAGCACAUAGGAAAUCUGAUUUAAUAUCUCUUCAUAUUUUCAGGUAAGCAAAUAGAAUAGAUGUUACAGUAUAACUUCUUCUAUAUUUCUAUUUUAAAAUGUUAGCCUGUUUUCUGUUCAGCAUUUUCCAAGUUAGCCUGAGUUAUUAAAACAAAAUGCAAACACAGACAAAAAGAAAAUAGGUGUGCCUUCUUACUUUAAGAAUAAAAUCAAUUAAGUGGGGAUUUCCCAAUGUGAUUUUAAUACUAAUAAGUUCAGAGAGGGAAAAAUGGACUACUUAGAAAGUAUUUCAUUAAGAAUCCCUGAUCUCAGAUAUUUCAAAAGAUGAGUUUGAGGACAUUCAAUUGAAUGAAUAUUAAAUGCAUUUGAAAACAGAAAAUCCAUUACUUACUCUUUAGUACCUCUAAAUUCUUUUUAUUGUAUAGAGACAACAGCCAUUACAUUCAGUUCAUUGAUAUUGUUGUGGUUUUUAGGUGCUGUCUAGUUGCUGCCGAUUCAUAACGACCCCAUGUCAUUAUGAGCAAAACACAGCCCGAUCCUGCCCCAUCCACACAAUCAUUGCUGUGUUUGAGCCCGUUGUUGCAACUGCUGAAUCAAUCAGUCUAUCUUGUUGAAAGUCUUCCUCUUUUUUCCUGACCCUUUAGAGUACGAAACAUGAUGUCCUUCUCCAGGGACUGGUCCCUCCCGAUAACAUGUCCCAAGUUUGUGAGAAGUCUUGCAAUCUUUGUUCUUCUGGCAGUAUAUUCAGUAUUCUUCGCCAACACCAUAGUUCAAAUACAUCCUUACUUCUAAGGAGCUUUCUGGCUUCUAAGACAGAUUUUUUUGUUCUUCUGGCAGUAUAUUCAAUAUUCUUCGCCAACACCAUAGUCUAAAUGCAUCAGUUCUUCUUCGGUCUUCCUUAUUUAUUGGAAAGAGAUGAUAGAGACGCUCAAUGUCAUCAGUCAGAACAAGGCUAGGAGGCCACUGCAGAACAGAUCAUCAACUGCUCAUAUGCAAAUUCAAGUUGAAGCUGAAGAAUUUUAAAACAAGUCCAUGAGAGCCAAAGUACGAACUUGAACAUAUUCCACCUGAAAUUAGAGACCAUCUCAAGAAUAGGUUUGAUGCACUGAGCACUAAUGACGGAAGACCAGACGAGUUGUGAGAUGAUGUCAUAGACAUCAUAGAUGAAGAAAGCAAAAGGUCAUUGUCUUAGUUAUCUAGUGCUGCUAUAACAGAAAUACCACGUGUGGAUGGCUUUAACAAAGAGAAAUUUAUUCUCUCACAGUUUAGAAGGCUAGAAGUCCAAAUUCAGGGUACCACCAGCGCCAAAGGAAGGUUUUCUCUUUCUGUCGUCUCUGGGGGACGGUCCAUGUCAUCCGUCUUGCCUGGUAGAGGACUAUGUCAAGAAAGCCUUCCCUGAAGUUGACUUUGCCUCACAUACUUUGGACAUGUUAUCAGGAGGGCCCAGUCCCUGGAGAAUGACAUCAUUCUUGGUAAAGUGAAGCAUCAGCAUAGAGAGCAAGACCUUCAACAGGAUGGACUGACACAAUGGCUGUAACAAUGGGCUCAAACAAAGCAAUGAUUUUGAGGGUAGCAUAGGACUGGGCAGUGUUUCAUCCUGUUGUACAUAGGGUUGCUAUGAAUUGGAACUGAUCCAAGGGCAACUAACAACAACACUCUAAUGUUAUGUAAGUUUCUUGAAACGUAAUGUCUUUUUAAUAUAUGUAUCAUAAGAAUCUGACAUAUACCUAUAGUAUAUUUUUGAGUAAUGAUGUUAUUUAAAUUCAGCUGCAUUUCCUAUACAACUCACAAGAAUUUGGAAGAGAUUUAAAAAUAUGUAACAGUUUAAGUAACCUAGAAUAUUUGCCCCUGUUCUUCUGCCUUCUCUAGCUCCAAUGUCUGUCCCCUCCUACUGAUGGCCCCUUUUGAUUUCCUUCCCCAUUUCAUUACACUGAUAGCUCAAACAGUCCUUGAUCUCCUCCUACUUAGACUGUGUGUUCCUUGAACAUAAUAUAUGUUUCUUAUCCAUUUUGGGUCUCUAGCAAGUGAUGUAUUGUGAAGCACCAUAUAGUCUCUCGCUGAAUGUUGUGGAAUAAUUACGUUUGCUCAGGAAAAAUCUACCUUGUGAUUCUUUCAUCUUUAACUUUUAGUGUUUUUGACUUGUACUCCGUCUAAUGUCUUUCUUCAAAAGGAUUUGGAGUAAUUUAGAGACUUGAGGAUAAGGAAUUAUAUAGGCGAAAUUACAGCAAAGUAGCUCCUUAGACGCAAGAGUGGUGAGACUUUAGCUUACUUACUUUGGACCUAUCAUCAGGAAAGACUAAUACCUAGAAAAGGGCAUCAUGAUUGGUAGAGGAGCAACGAAAAUGAAGGAAGCCCUCAGGAAAUGGAUUGACACAAUAGCCAAAACAAUAGACUCACAUACAGCAAUGAUCACGAAGAUGGCACAGGAACAGGCCCUGUUUUGUUCUGUUAUACAUACGGUUGGUUGAUGUGAGUUGGUGCUGACUCGAGAGCACCUGACAAUGAUAGUGACAACAACAACUGUACUUUCAAAGAGUUCUCAUAAAUUUACUUAAGCUAUUUAGUUUUUCAAAACCUUUAUAAAACAAGCUAGGACUCCUCUCUCUUAUUUUCCUCCUGAGAAACAGAAUGGUAAUUUUGUUAUUAAGAAGUCACUUCUGGGGAAUGUUUCCAUAUUUUAAUAGCCUUUGAUUUGUUGUCAUAAAGUAAUGGAGAGGUGAAUGGGGGGCUUCCAUGAGCUUCCUUACAUCUUCUCUUACUGUGAUCUAACUGUUGGGAGAACGGAGCUUAGAGGAUUGUAUAUCGUGAAAGUUGGUUCAUUACAAAAACAUUUGUUAUCUGGGUUUGAGUACUGUUGCAAAAAGCUUCUUGCUAAGAGUAAUACUAUUUUUAAGUCAGACUAAAGAAGGCCAAUUUCAUUUAUUUUUGUUUAUUACAUGGAUAUAGAAUAGGCUAGUGGAUAACUGAAUUUAUGCAUUAGUUGUAUUUGUUGGCAAGGCUAUUUUAUAAUGAGCACAGAGUCACAGGGUGCAGAGCAUUAAGGCCAGCAUGGAUUCAGGGCCGGAAAAGUGAAAACAAUAAGCAAAGGAUUGGAAGAAUUUACAAAAACCUCAUGAAGCAGUUAUUAAUCAUCUGGAAACAUUUUUUCUGGAUGAAGAAUGGGUUUGUUGUUUUAAGUGAAAUGAAUAUAAUAUAUAAUACUUGCUCUAACCAGUCUAUAGUUGACAGAAGCAUGCAUUUUGAUGCAGUGUAAAUAUUAAGUGAUGAGGUUAAAUUGAUAUACUGGCAAAGCUGUAUUUUCUGAAAGAGUGGAGGGAAAAGUAGAAGUAGAUAAUCAGAUAAAGACUUAGGCCAUUAAAAUCAAGCCAGAAUAAAGUAGAGCAACUAUCAGAAAGAGAGAAAGAAAGUGACUAAAUAAUUUAAGGCUUUCAUAUAGGAACAAAAAAAAAUUCUUAUUAAUUUCUAGACUAUAAAUUUCAGUUUCUAUCUGGCACCUGGAAAAAAAUUCUAAAGUGUAUUUAGGUUUUUUAAAGAAUUAGGUGUGUUAUCAAGUAGCCAUGUGUUCAGGUAGUCAGAUUUUUAAGUGUGAAUAGAAUCCCGCUCAGAGUUCUCUUUUUUUU